GCAUGCUCAGUAUAUCCUCCUCAGUACUAGGGGUAAUGGCUGCGAGGUAAGAUGAGCGGAUGGGCCGCGUCCUUUCUGUGUGAAGCGCUCCCAUCGAGAGGACCGUUAACUCGGGCGGUGCCGAGUUAAAAUGGUCGAUAUCCGACCCGAAAAGCAUCCCGAAACCGUUGUACAUAGUGCGAACAUCGUCCUUCAAACAGCACCCACUGUUAACAUCCUGUCGUAGUGGUCAGUUCUGCCUGCUGAUCAGAGAUUAAGCUGAAGCCAUGGCAGUGAAGGACCGUGUAGAGGCUGUGCUCAAUGUGGGUUUGCGUGUUCCCAGCAUUAUGCUGCUGGAUGUCCUGUACCGCUGGGACGUCAGCUCCUUCUUCCAGAAGAUCCAGCGUUCCAGCCUCUCCAACAACCCCCUGUUUCAGUACAAGUACCUGGCACUCUACCUGCACUAUGUCGGUUACAUCCUGAGCUUGGUGCUCUUGACUCUGCCUCGUCAGCACCUGGUUAAACUCUACCUGUACGUUCUUACGGCCCUGCUGCUGUUCGCUGGUCACCAAGUGUCAAGGGAUUAUGUUCGCAGUGAGCUGGAGUCUGGCUAUGAAGGACCUGUCUACCUGGAACCGCUCUCCAUGAACAGAUUCACCACUGCUCUCAUAGGUCAGCUGGUGGUGUGUACGCUAUGCUCCUGUGUGAUGCAAACCAAGAGGAUUUGGCUUUUCUCUGCUCACCUCCUCCCUCUGGUGGCCAGACUCUGUCUUGUCCCGCUGGAGACUAUUGUCUUCAUAAAUCGGUUCUCCAUGAUCUUCACAGGCCUGGAGGUCAUUUAUUUUCUGGCUUCUAACUUACUGGUACCAUAUAACCUGGCCAAAACCGCCUACAGAGAGCUGGCUCAGGUGGUAGAAGUGUACGGGCUGCUUGCUUUGGGUAUGUCUCUGUGGAACCAGCUGGUCCUUCCAGUUCUCUUCAUGUGUUUCUGGCUGUUGCUGUUCGCUCUGCAGAUCUACUCCUACUUCAGCACAAGAGACCAGCCUGCCUCAAGGGAGAGGCUCCUUUUCCUCUUUCUUACCAGUAUUGCAGAAUGUUGUAGUACCCCGUACUCUCUGCUGGGUCUGGUCUUCACCGUCUCCUUCAUCGCUCUGGGAGUUCUCACAUUGUGCAAGUUUUACCUGCAAGGCUACAGAGCCUUUAUGAAUGACAACACCAUGCACAGAGGAAUGACAGAAGGCAUCACGUUGCUGAUUCUUGCUGUCCAAACUGGCCUCAUCGAGCUGCAAGUCAUCCACCGAGCCUUCCUCCUCUCCAUCAUCCUCUUCAUUGUUGUUGCUUCUAUCCUGCAGUCCAUGCUGGAAAUCGCUGACCCCAUAGUCCUGGCCUUGGGAGCAUCCAGAGAUAAGAGUUUGUGGAAGCACUUCCGAGCUGUGUCUCUGUGUCUCUUCCUGCUGAUCUUUCCAGCCUACAUGGCCUAUAUGAUCUGUCAGUUCUUCCACAUGGACUUCUGGCUUCUCAUCAUCAUCUCCUCUUCAAUUCUCACAUCACUGCAGGUUCUUGGUACUCUGCUGAUCUAUGUUCUCUUCAUGGUGGAGGAGUUCCGUAAAGCUCCAGUAGAGAACAUGGAUGAAGUCAUCUACUGUGUGAAUGGGACCUACAGAUUGCUGGAGUUUCUGGUUGCAGUGUGUGUGGUGUGCUACGGCGUGUCAGAGACUGUAUUUGGGGAGUGGAGUGUGAUGGGCAGCACCAUUAUCCUCGUCCACUCGUACUAUAACGUCUGGCUCAGAGCCCAGCUGGGCUGGCAGAGCUUCCUCCUCCGGAGGGAUGCUGUAAACAAGAUCAAAAGCCUCCCUGCAGCGAGCAGCACACAGCUGGAGCAGUACAAUGACAUCUGUGCUAUCUGCUACCAGGACAUGAACAGUGCUGUGAUCACUCCAUGCAGUCAUUUCUUCCACGCUGGCUGUCUGAAGAAAUGGCUGUAUGUCCAGGAGACAUGUCCUCUCUGUCACUCACAAUUAAAGAGCCAAUCACCAACCACCAGUGUCCCCAAUCAAGACACUCCUGUGGCCAAUCAGAGCCCCGCUGGACAAGAAGAUGCCCCAGCCAACAAGAAGCAGGACGAUGACACUCCACCAGAUGAUGAUAAAGAGGAGGAAUCAGUGCAGCAAGAAGGAGAUAACAGACCUGCCAUGUCAGCUGGAGAAACAUCUUCCUCCUCUGCUCCCCUGCACCUUGUCAGGCCUCCAUUGUCAUCUUCCUCUUGUUCUUCUUCCCCUCUUGUGACUGAUUCUCUGCAGACCCAGCUGACCCCAGAUCAUUCCCCUUUGUCUUCCUCCUCUACCUCUGAUGCAUUAAACAUGGCUCCAUCUCUCUCUGACACCCUCAUCCCUUCCAUCUCACAUUACUCAUCUUCAGAGGUACUGGCCCAAGCAGAGAUAACCCCUGCUGAACCUGAGCCCACUCCUAAGCUAAACUCAGCCUCCCCACAAGACAGCCAGGAGUCGUCUACUGGUCCAUCAUCACAGUCUGACCAGCCCACGUCUCUUUCUGACGAACAUUCUCCUCGUUCAUGCAGCCUCUGAGCCACAUCGUGUCACACACAGCAUACAUGCAUGCACAUGUACACACACAAUCUAAGUACUCCAUCUGCUUAUAUUUUCCUUGUCCGGCCUUUAGCACUCCCAUCAUGUUAGAAAUCCAACUCUUUCGUAUCCAUUUUUAAAAGAAAGAAACCCUGAACAAUCUCCAACCAGAUAUUCAUCACUCAGUAUUACAAAACAUGACAAUGGUUACAACUUCAUAAAAUGUUGCUACUUUUGAGGCAGUUGUCUGGCAACAGUUAAUCUAAAUGAGUCCCAUGACAAGCCAGCAGUGAUUUCAUCACAGGCACAACUUUUAUUUUUUCUCUUUUUGGCAUGAAUUCAAACUUGACACACAAACGGGGAUGCAGUAAUUUCAUCUCAGAAGUAAUUGGGAGUUGUAAAAUAUCUCCACAUAAUGUGAAAUCCUGAAAGAUGAUGAUCAUCACAUAUUUUAAUUUUCUCGUUUUUGUCCUUUUUAUGUUGACAUUAGACCUAUAGUGUCAUUUCCAAAAUCACACUUUUGUCCUUCUCAUUUCACUGCUUACAUUUGAUGUGGUGGUUGCUCCCAUCCUGCCUUUGUAUGUGCAGCUUUACUUUCAUUCCUGUACAUGUUGUAGCACGUGGGUUUCUCUGUAGUCAUGUAUGUGCCAUGAUUUAUUGAGGAACGGAGCAGAGGUUCGAACCCUUUUAAAAGACUAUUGAUGACUGAUGGUUGAAUUUUAAAUCAUGACAAAGUCUUAACAUUUCAUGAAGUCUACAAAUUCUUCAGUUUAAAAUGAUUAUUGUUUUUCACUGCUGGACAACAGUAGUUCUGUGUAUCAGAGGAUACGAAGCAGUAACAGAGACUGAAUGUUGUUUCUUGAGGCCAUCACAUGACCUGAAGCCUGGUGCUAAGCAGAGGAUACAUGCAAUGGUCCAGUUAAGUGUUCCAGUGUGAACAAAUCAAUGGGUUCACAUGGGAUAACUCAUUAAUUUCAUGUGUCAAGCUUUCAAGAUUAUACUGCUUCAGUAUCUGAAUCAAACUUGUUUGGCUGGUCCCAGCAAAAACAGUUCUAUUCCUCAUCGCCAAACUUUUGUAUUAAUGUAAAAGAAAUGUUAUUUUUGAGCUAAUUUUUACAUUUCCGCUUUAUCGGACACCACACAGUGCAGAUGGACUGAGAAAAAGAGGGGGGAGAGAGAGAGAGAGAGGACGGAAGUAAAUGCAACAGAGGCCACAGUUUAUAUUUGAACCUUCAGCAUUGAGAGAUUGUGGAGUAUAAACUAGUCCACAGAGCUGGCAAGGAGCCCAAACUUUGCUGUCGUUGGCUUUAUUUCAUUCAUGUUACCACUUCACCCUCGCCCUCCUUGGCUGAGCUUAUCCUAAACCGGUGUCGUUGAUCGUUGGAACUCUAUCAUGGCAGGAGCCAAUCACAUCACUCCAUCCAAUCACUUCUAAGAACCCUGUGUUUUUAAAAACAUCGUUAUUUUUUUCUGCUUUCUGCUGCUCUUCCUCUUCACUCCGUAAACGUUACUACCAGCAAAUUGAGCCAUUUCCACAUGCUAACACACACGCGCUCAGUCGGCUCCUGUGCUUAGCAGACGGGGAAGAAAAGUGUGUUGAGUUGAAAGACUAAAACUUGAGAAUGCCGAGUCCUGAUGCACGCUUAUAUGUAGAGCUUGCACGCUGCCACUCUUACCACAGAAUUUGUUUGUCCCCAGUGUGCUCUAACCUUGCUAUCAAUGUUUUUUCUACCAUUCUUCUUUCUUUUUGGGUUGUAUUUGCACUAAUGUCAUUUAUACUAGCAAUGCUCCAAAGCUGUUCUGUGGCUGUCAGCAACCAAAUACCCUCUGAUGUCUGUGUACGAGGAAACAGCCCAAUCUGUUUGUGUGUGUUGUAUAUAAAUGUUGCUCUGUACGACAUCUAUAUUAAACCAGAGGAGUGUUGAUAUAUAUAUAUAUAUAUAUAUAAAUAAGAUCAGGGCUUGAUUUCUCCAAAGCUUCCUAGCGGUUGGACUGUUCUUUGUUUCUCUACAUGCCUGUGAACAAAGACAAACCUGUGGCUAUGAAGCUUUUGGGAGACCGAGCUGUCUGAUCUGUGAGACCAGCCAGCGUUACUGCUUCUCCAGUCUGCAUGAUGCAUCUUCAAGCUGGUGUGAUCACUCCAGUGCCCUCUACUGUUAGGAGUGGGAUCAGCAUGGCGCAGAUAAGACUGGAGAUGUCCUAGUUAACCCUCAACAGUAUUAUUUACUACCACUAUUACUAAAGGUCUUAUUACCAUGAAUGACUUUAUUGUUGACAUUGGAAAGCGUUGGCCGCAGGGCUGAGAAUGAAUACAUGAUCAGUGUAGGAUCAAACCGGGCCAACGCUCUUUAACUUUUUUGUGUUUAUUUUUUUAAGAGAUGAAAUGUAGAGUUUGAUGUAUUUUGCACAUAUUCCUCUGAAAGGUGAACAUAAGGACUUUCUGUGUACGACUUCUCAUUUUAUCACCAACUCCAUUCCAUAGGCUUUGAUUUCAAACCUGAAAUGGUUCCGAACAUUUGGACGGCUUCACACACAUUUGGUUUUUGUUGUGGCGCAUUUGCAGAAGGAUCACCUGCGCGAUAAAAUGCAACAUGCUCCACAAGGCGAUGGCUGUCAUUGGCGGCUGUGUGCGAGUUUGCAUUGCAGUAAUAUAAAGAACUAGCAGGGAAGCCGGCCAGCUGUUGAUUCCACACGUAUUUGCUCAGUUUUUGCUCCAUGUUGGAGAAGUUGCAGUCUCUCCAAGCGACAUUUUGUCAUACUGUCUGGGACAGUUUAACAUCAGAUGUUUUAACUAAGCUCAAUAUUUAAUCUUUGACUGAAUAACCUGUUCAUCUGAUAACUGUAGAAUGAUUGAAGACAUCGCACAUUUCAAAAGUAUAAAUGAAUUAUUUGCAUUUCAUUCCAUCUGAGAUUCCAGCUGCAGGACUGACUUCAUGUAAAAAGCAUCAGUGAGCUAAAAUAUGCCAAGAAAUAUAUGAAGUAUCACUGCUGCUUCUCAUUGAGAGGCAUUCUUUCUAAUUCUCAGAACCUGUGUGUUGCCGAGAUUGUAAAGCAAAACACUUUCCAUCAAUCAAUCCUUACAAUGUACAUAUCAGUUAAAAAGGUUUGUUGCUUUAUUUUUUGCAUCUGAUUUACUUGUUAAUAAAACUCAUGGAAGUAUAUUUUAAUUUUAGAAAUGGCUCCAUUAAAAGUGAUUGUUUAACCAGAAGAAAUAAUAACUUUGGCCCAUGUUACAGCAAAAAUCUUUGAAGUCAGACCUGCAUCAGAAUUCAGUUGCAUUUUUCACAGUUCUUUGUAAAAAAAAAAAAAAAAAACUCCUAAUGUUGAAGGUGAAAGUAAAUAUGAAAUAGAAUCAGCAGCUGGCAUGGUUGGGCUCUGCUAUCAGAUUUUGUGUAUCUGCUGAAUUCAUGUUUAACACCGCCGUCCAGUGCCGUCGCCUCCGAUUGACUGGUGUGCUGAGAUUUACCUCAGAAAGACGGCUCACGUACGGGGCUGCUCUCACUGAGACUCCCUGCAGAUUUUAUGACAGUUUUGUUCUUUUGUCUGUUUAGUUUCUCCACACACAAAUUUCGGACCUGUUCUGUAAAACCUGGCUCCGGAUGCCAGUCGUGUUCUGUUAAGAAAAUGCUCCACAGUUGGUUUUGGACUUUAUGCCUGGCAUUGCCUUGGUUAUUUUACAAAAGUUGAAUGUCAAAUAAAAUGAACCAUCCACUCUGGA